AUGGCGCAGCCCUCAGAAGCUCAGGUCUUUGAAAGGCUACAAUCUUACUCCUUCACAUCGGAUCCUGAGUUUGCAAAUGGCCUCUCAAUAAUACUUGGUCACCCCGACACCCCCGCCACCGAGGUGGAGAUGAACCGGGAUGACGACCUUGUCCUGCAAGCAAAGUGUUUCUUUUUCUCGCGAAAAGAAAAACUCAUUCCGGCUAUUGACUUUGCUGCCUUCAAAUCAUGGUUGGCAUCGCGGACAAUGGAGCCCCAAGGGCGAGGCAAUACAGACUUGCAAAUCUCCGAAGCAUCGGACCCAAGUACAUCUGGGCCUGGGAGUUCAACACAUCCUGAACCUGCUUACCCAUCGUCGUUUGCGCAUAUUGUGGAACUCAUCACUACGGGACAACCAAUACCUGGGAUCCAGGACAUCCCAGACACGGUGCUCAGUGGCCACGAUAUUUCCAGUGAGAAACCACGGCGACGGAAACCAUGGGAGAAGGAUGAAGUGGUGACUGCCUCCGAUGAGACUGCAAGUGCUGGUCCCUGA